AUGGCGCUGACUGAAAUUGAGCUGGUGGAACAGGAGGGAUUUAGCAUCCGAAAACACAUCUUCUUGAAGGUCUCUAAAAUAAUCAAAGAUAUUAGGCAUCUAGGUAUCCGGCUGGUGGUGACGAAUAGGUCUGUGGAAGCCUUUGCAGAACACUGCCCAGAGUUGCAGUAUGUUGGUUUCAUGGGCUGCUCGGUCACCUCACAUGGCGUUAUCCACCUUACCAGUCUUAAAAAUCUUUCCAGCCUCGACUUACGAAACAUCACUGAACUGGAUAAUCAGACUGUUGAGGAGAUAGUAAAGAGGUGCCAGAAUCUCAUAUCACUAAAUCUUUGCCUGAAUAGGAAUAUCAAUGACAGAUGUGUAGAAGUCAUCGCAAAGGAAGGCCGAAGCCUCAGAGAGCUUUAUUUAGUAACCUGCAAGAUCACAGAUUACGCUUUAAUAGCCAUUGGCCGGUAUAGCAGCACUAUAGAGACAGUGGACGUUGGGUGGUGUAAGGAGAUCACAGAUCAAGGAGCAACUUUGAUUGCACAAAGUAGCAAAUCCAUACGUUAUCUGGGUCUGAUGAGAUGUGAUCAGGUGAACGAAAGCACAGUAGAGCAACUGGUGCAGCAAUAUCCACACAUUACAUUUAGUACUGUUCUUCAAGACUGCAAAAGGACUCUGGAACGGGCUUAUCAGAUGGGCUGGACACCGAAUGCAUCCUCUGUCUCCUAACUCUUUGCACAAACCAUCAUGAAUAAUGCUUUUUGCAUUUUUUCACAGCAGUAUAGAUUAUAAAUAAUUGAUUUAUUUCUUUUCAAUAUACUUCCCCCUUUAGAGUGGCAUAACUUGCUAGGUGCUGGGUGUUUUGCUUGGAUUGUUUUAUGGGAGCUAUCUUCUGCGUGGCAAGUAUAUUUUGCAGGGUGCUUGGCGCCUGAGAUAUUAGUUCUGUAUGGUUGCCAUUAGAUCGGAUUGAUAUAAUUGUGUGAAAAGUGAUUGUAACAUGUUCUGAUAUUGUGUUAUACAAGCAUGCCACUUCUAGUAGAAUCAAAUUCUCACUCUUCCAUAUUCCUUGAAAAGAAAUCAAGUGUGUACAUUAUGAACUAGGUUUCCAUGUUUUUCCUUGUUCCAUUUCUAU